AGGCCGGGGAAACUGGCCGUUUCAUGAAUUAUGCAGAAGCGGCGUGUCUCUGCCAGGCUAGGGCUGGGCGGGGAUUGGCUGGAGGGGCUGUAAUUCAGCGGUUUCCGGAGCUGCCGCGGCGUAGACGGGGAGGGGAGUCUGGGGUUCCGACGUCGCCGCGGAGCGAGCGAGCCCGAACCGGAUCCUUGACGAGCUGCCCUGCUCGGCGCUCUCUCUCGGUGUCUGCCAGGAGAGGCCCCGCGGCCUGAGGGAGCCCCGCGGCCCGCACCCCGGCGCAAGCGCAGCCCCGACCUAUCGGGCCUGAGCCCGAGAAACAGUUGGGACCCCGAUUGCCACAGGAUGGCCCAAUGGAAUCAGCUACAGCAGCUCGACACGCGGUACCUGGAGCAGCUUCAUCAGCUGUAUAGUGACAGCUUCCCGAUGGAGCUGCGGCAGUUUCUGGCCCCUUGGAUUGAGAGUCAAGACUGGGCAUAUGCGGCCAGCAAAGAAUCACAUGCGACUUUGGUGUUUCAUAAUCUCUUGGGUGAGAUUGACCAGCAGUACAGCCGUUUCCUACAGGAGUCAAAUGUUCUCUAUCAGCACAAUCUGCGGAGAAUCAAGCAGUUCCUACAGAGCAGAUAUCUGGAGAAGCCAAUGGAGAUUGCCCGAAUCGUGGCCCGGUGCCUGUGGGAAGAGACCCGCCUGCUCCAAACUGCAGCCACUGCAGCCCAGCAAGGGGGCCAGGCCAACCACCCCACAGCCGCCGUGGUGACGGAGAAGCAGCAGAUGCUGGAGCAGCACCUACAGGAUGUUCGGAAGCGAGUACAGGAUCUAGAACAGAAAAUGAAAGUGGUCGAGAAUCUCCAGGAUGACUUUGAUUUCAACUAUAAAACCCUCAAGAGUCAAGGAGACAUGCAGGAUCUGAAUGGGAACAACCAGUCAGUGACCAGGCAGAAGAUGCAGCAGCUGGAGCAGAUGCUCACCGCGCUGGACCAGAUGCGGCGCAACAUCGUGAGUGAGUUGGCGGGGCUGUUGUCAGCGAUGGAGUAUGUGCAGAAAAUGCUCACGGACGAAGAGCUGGCUGACUGGAAGAGGCGGCAGCAGAUUGCGUGCAUUGGAGGCCCUCCCAACAUCUGCCUAGAUCGCCUAGAAAACUGGAUAACCUCAUUAGCGGAAUCUCAACUUCAGACCCGCCAACAAAUUAAGAAACUGGAGGAGUUGCAGCAAAAAGUGUCCUACAAAGGGGAUCCCAUCGUACAGCACCGGCCAAUGCUGGAGGAGAGGAUUGUAGAGCUGUUUAGAAACUUAAUGAAAAGUGCCUUCGUGGUUGAGCGGCAGCCCUGCAUGCCCAUGCAUCCUGACCGGCCAUUAGUCAUCAAGACUGGAGUCCAGUUCACUACCAAAGUCAGAUUGCUGGUCAAAUUCCCUGAGUUAAAUUAUCAGCUUAAAAUUAAAGUGUGCAUUGACAAAGACUCCGGGGAUGUUGCAGCUCUCAGAGGAUCCCGGAAAUUUAACAUUCUGGGCACAAACACAAAAGUGAUGAACAUGGAAGAGUCUAACAACGGCAGCCUGUCUGCAGAAUUCAAACACCUGACCCUGAGAGAGCAAAGAUGUGGUAAUGGGGGCCGAGCCAAUUGUGACGCCUCCCUGAUUGUCACCGAGGAGCUGCACCUGAUCACCUUUGAGACUGAGGUGUAUCACCAAGGCCUCAAGAUUGACCUUGAGACCCAUUCCUUGCCAGUUGUGGUGAUCUCCAACAUCUGUCAGAUGCCAAAUGCCUGGGCAUCAAUCCUGUGGUAUAACAUGCUGACCAACAACCCCAAGAACGUGAACUUUUUCACCAAGCCCCCGAUUGGCACCUGGGAUCAAGUGGCCGAGGUGCUGAGCUGGCAGUUCUCCUCCACCACAAAGCGAGGGCUGAGCAUCGAGCAGUUGACUACGCUGGCAGAGAAACUCUUAGGACCUGGUGUGAACUAUUCAGGGUGUCAGAUUACGUGGGCUAAAUUUUGCAAAGAAAACAUGGCUGGCAAAGGCUUCUCCUUCUGGGUUUGGCUAGACAAUAUCAUUGACCUUGUGAAAAAGUACAUCCUGGCUCUUUGGAAUGAAGGGUACAUAAUGGGUUUUAUCAGUAAGGAGCGGGAGCGGGCCAUCUUGAGCACCAAGCCCCCAGGCACCUUUCUGCUACGAUUCAGUGAAAGCAGCAAAGAAGGAGGUGUCACCUUCACUUGGGUGGAGAAGGACAUCAGCGGUAAGACCCAGAUCCAGUCAGUGGAACCAUAUACCAAGCAGCAGCUGAACAACAUGUCAUUUGCUGAAAUCAUCAUGGGCUAUAAGAUCAUGGAUGCUACCAACAUCCUGGUGUCUCCGCUGGUCUAUCUCUACCCCGACAUUCCUAAGGAGGAGGCGUUUGGAAAGUACUGUCGACCGGAGAGCCAGGAGCAUCCUGAAGCUGACCCAGGUAGUGCUGCCCCAUACCUGAAGACCAAGUUCAUCUGUGUGACACCAACGACGUGCAGCAAUACCAUUGACCUGCCGAUGUCCCCCCGCACUUUAGAUUCAUUGAUGCAGUUUGGAAAUAAUGGUGAAGGUGCUGAGCCCUCAGCAGGAGGGCAGUUCGAGUCCCUCACGUUCGACAUGGAGUUGACCUCGGAGUGCGCUACCUCCCCGAUGUGAGGAGCGGCGGGCUGAGGCUGCAGAGAGCGAGGACAGAGGCACCUACCUGUGUUCUACCACCCCUCACACAGCCAACCCCCAGAUCGUCUGAGACUCCUCUCACUUUGUGCUUCCAGAUUUUUUUUUAAUCUCCUACUUCUGCUAUCUUUGAGCAAUCUGGGCACUUUUAAAAAUAGAGAAAUGCGUGAACGUGGGUGAUAACGCUUUUACCUAAAUGCAAAUAAGAAUGUGUUCUCUGACACUGUGACCGGGGGAUGUGGAAGGGGUGGCAAGAGGGAGAAAAAGGAAAUGUUCUGGUCUUUUCUGGCUCCCCGGCCCUCCUUUCUCAGCAGCUCGUGUUGUCCUUAGACAAGUGCCUCCUGGUGCCCGCGCAUCCCUCUGCCUAUCUCUGUAAGCUCACACCACAGGCUGCCUCUAGCUACAUUCCUCCUGGCAUUGCACUUUUAACCCUGCUAACAACCAAAUAGAAGAUAGGACUUUCACAGCCCCUAAGUUUCUUUUUAAAUUUAAAAAAAAAUUAAAGGGCAAAAAACACUGUAUUGGCAUAACCUUUUCUGUAUUUAAGACAACUCAGUCAGUAGCCUUCUUGGUGCUUUAAGCAUUCAGCUUUCUUCAGGCUGAUAAUUUAUAGAAAUCCUAAAAUGGGCUUCAGAUCCAACCCUUAAAAGACAUCUGAAGCUGUGGCUUGGCCUUUGGUUAUGAAAUAGGAAGGUUGAAGGACAACCUAAACAUCCUAGACAUUUUUUAAUAAACAAAGUUUUUAUUUUCCCCUUUAAUGUGUUGGCCUAUUAGUAGGUAAGGCUGGGCAGAGGAGUGCUUACCACCUGUCCCCCCUCUCCCCCCCCUCCCCGUCUCCCUGGACUUCUCCUGUUCCAGAGCCUGGGUUGUUCCUGUGGGUGCCUUAUAAGGGAUGGGGUGAUCUUUCCUCCCUGUCCACCUGACCCCCCCUUGUGUAGGGCUCCUUUCAGUGUCUAAAGGUCCCUUGUCCUGUUUGCUUUGAGAAUCCUGGAAUAAGAAGGCGAGAGUUACAGGUGGAACACAACAGACUGUUGGGGCCCCAGCCAAGGGUCUAGUUGAGCUCAGGGAAUACGGUUCUUAUCCCGGUUUCUUGGUGAUUUCCCGCGGCACCUCUAAUCACUUCUUCACUUGGUUAAGCCGGGGGCAAAAGGCUUACUGAUAAACUCGAGGUCUAUCCCUUGUGUGAGGGAGUGUACACCCUGGCCUCCUCCCCCACCCCCCGUGCUGGUGACUAUCUCCUCCCCAUGGGGGCCUCACCCAUGAGGCAGAACAACUCCCAUUUACUGUGCGUCUCAGAACGCUUCGUGGUCUCCAGUAUUUGGGCCUCGUCUGACCCAGAGGCCUGACUAGAUCGGGUGGUCCAGGACCACCUGAUCUCAGUUGGUCAGAGUUUCUGUGGUGUGCUGUUUGUUUUACCCGUACUCACCAGGUUCAGAAUUAAGGGGAUGAAGACAUUCUCUCCAAGACGGACAGGGGUUGCGCUUGGCCAUCCCUGUCCUUCCCUAGAACUGGUUGGCAGGUAGUACAGAGCUCGCCCUCCUCUAGCAACACUCUUCACUUCAUAAUAAGCUUAACUCAGAAACUGAGAGAAGAUUUAGAUCAGAGGCACCUGGGGCAAGGAUCCAGGCUUCUAGGGCGCAGACACUGAAAAGCUGGUGACUUCGAGGUAGCACGUGUAUCUGGUUUUAACUCUGAUUGUAGCGGAAGUUCUGAGAGGAGCCGAGACUUGUUCUAGCCCCUGCCUUCAAGAGCCGAGCCCUCCGGGACCUGCCCGCUUUCUCUCCACUGUCUCCCCCUGCCCGUCCCCAGCCCAGCUGAGGGGUUCCCAUAGAUGGCUCGACCUACCUGCACAGCGGUUUGUAUGCUGCUGUCCUGGUCACCGCAUCAAAUUCCAAUGUAUACUUCAUAGUGUAAAAAUUUAUAUUAUUGUGGGGUUUUGGUUUUCGGUUUUGUUUUUGUAUAUUGCUGUAUCUACUUUAACUUCCAGAAAUAAAAGUUAUAUAGGAACCGUC